AUGGUCCUUCAAGAGUUGUCGUACUUUACUCUCUACUCAGUAGUCCCCAAUCAUCCUGUAGCUCGACGUGUCUGGUUAGACAUUGAGAAUUUGCAACCCAUCACCAUUUAUUCUGCUGAUCUGGCCAUCUGCACUGACGCAAAGUGCGGUCCACCCUCCACCAUGCCUCUGCAGCCACAUGGCCUGGCAGCUAUUCCCCACUUAAGGGUAAAGCCUGAUCCCGGGCCUACAACUAUCCGGAAGCCAGUUGGAACCCUCCUGCCUCUCCCAACGGCCAGAUCGAAGGGUAUGCAGCUGUCACUGUGGAACCCUAUCGAUAUUGCUACAGCGAUAGUCUGUAAUACCCCUUAUGGAGGCCACGAGGUUUACGAGGGUUGGGAAGUGCUAGUCACUGGGACUGAGGACGGCAUGCAAGUAGAAUCCCUCCUCAACUCGCUGUUUGUGCUGGGUGAUGGAACAGGAUUUUCUUGGAACGACUACGAGACGCAGUUCCGCAGUGGCUGUGUUACUCCCAACGAUCAGCAUCCUGAUUUCAUCGUUGCCGCAUCGUCAACACGCAGCACUGUGGGUGAUUUUCUCUUCAUGCUGGUGCGGCAACGUGACAAACUCUUGAUCAUGCUGGAUGACUUGCAGGCGGUCAGUGAAAGCGCUGUGACGCCGAUGGUGGUGAAGGAUGAGGAGGAGAACUAUGUAGCAACAGUUCUGGACGAUUCUGGAAGGCACACCCUAAGUCGUCUUUGGAUGAUUGAACAAAGUUAA